AAGUGGUCUUUUUUUUCCCCUACGCACUAUUUGUGUAGAUUUUGGAGUGGGUUGUUAAAAAAAAACCAGACAAUUUCUCUUUCCUGUCUACCAAAACAUCCACAUCAGUUUAACAUCCUCUUUUUUGGUUUAAAAACAGGAACGUCAACACACAAAGAUUUCAGAUAUGCUCCGUUCAAUUGCUGCUAGAAACUUGGCCAGAGCCGCCCCAGUUAGAUUUGCAUCUACUCAUCCAGUCUCCAGAGCCGCCAUCUCUGAGCUCGAGUCCAGAUGGGAGGAACUUCCAGCUGCUGACCAACAAGAGAUUGUGUCUCAACUUGCCGAGAGACAAAAGCUUCCAUGGGCUGAGCUCACUGAGGCUGAGAAGAAGGCUGCUUGGUACAUCUCCUACGGUGCUUGGGGUCCACGUCGUCCAGUCCACCCAAAGGGUGAAUCUGGUAAGAUUGCCGGUGGUGUCUUCCUCGGUUUGUUCAUCUCCCUCAGUAUCUUCUUCGCCCUCAGAGCUAACGCUCCAGCUCCACCAAAGACCAUGAACCGUGAGUGGCAAGAGGCUUCUGACGAGUACUUGAAGUCCAAGAACGCUAACCCAUGGUCUAACUACUCCCAAGUUCAAAGUAACUAAACUCACAAUUGUUGAAUCGAUUGUUUGCCUAGGAGAGGGGAGUAAGUUAAUAUUCAUGUAGCGGGGGGAGGAAUGAAGAAGAUGUAAAGUGUACCGUUUAUUGAAGAUGAGCAGAGGAACGUGUACCAGAUGGAGAGCGGGGCCAUUUCAGUUAUAAACACAAAAUUUUUUAGUGAGAUUAUAAGAAGGGAUCGAAGCCUUGAUUCCCUUCUUAAAUCUUUUUAAAUCAAAUUCAGAUACAAGUUCCAUUACUAUUUAUUGAGGAUUUUUUUACCAUGUUGUUAAAGGGAGCCAGUUGAAGAUUUAUCCUAUUUGUCUUUGAGUGUUUGAAGUAUUGGAAUUCAGCUCCAAUUUCUUCGAAACUAUUGUUUUUUUUC